AUGGGUUGCGGUGCUUCUGCCAAGAGAGAUGCAGAGGAAGAGGCCAAGCUAACCAGACAAGUCUCCACCGCAUCCAAGCUCUCGCGAUCCGGGUCCAUCAAGGCAACGAAGUCUGGGAUUUCCAACGCAACCAGCUUCUUUCGACGCAUCUCCAUGGGAUCCUUGACGUCGCUGCUUUCUUGGGAAAGGAAGCACACGCAAGGAAGCGGGGACAGCGAUGAUGAUGACGGUGAUGCUGAGGAUUCUGACAGAGCCUUCACGUUCGAAGAAAGGUUGCAGAAAAUCGUGCUGACUGGCUUGUUGCAUGACGGGGAUGUGGCUGGCAGGUAUUUUUUCUCAGACACCAUGUUGUCCAAGAGGACAAAGGUAGUGAUCCGGCUGGUGUCGCACAAGAAAACUGACGAGCUGGCAGCAUGCAAGCAGCACGCGCUCCGGAAAGCCGAUCGAAGCUCCAAGCACGAUCGUACCUCUGACAUGAUCAAGCAGCAGGCAAUCAUGCUGAAGGAAUGUUGCCACCCGAACAUCAUCCAGCUCCAGGAAUGCUACAUGCACAACGGGUACUUCUACGAGAUCAUCGAAUAUGCCAAGGGUGGCAGGCUUUUUGACGCCAUCCUCGAAGCGGAGGCCCACACCGAGCAAGAGACUGCCAAUGUGAUGAUCCAGCUCCUAAGCGCCACGGCUCACAUGCACCAGAGGCGGAUUUGCCAUCGUGACAUCAAGCCAGAGCACAUCUUGUUCAAGGACCGUUCCCUCGUUCAAAAGACAUUGAUCAAGCUAGUGGACUUCGCAACAGCUUGCCCCUUCACCGAAGAGCCUAUGACGGAGAAGGUGACGACCCCGUACUACGCUUCGCCUCAGGUCCACGAAGGGCUUUACACUGAAGGUGUCGAUACGUGGUCAUGUGGCGUUGUCAUGUACCUUCUGCUCACGGGAUAUCCUCGGAAAGUCAAGGCCCAGCAGGAGUUUUCCAACAUGCGUGGGGACGACUUCCUGAAGGCGCUGACGAAAGGCAAGAUACACAGCAUGCAGGAACGGGGCUCGCACAUCUCCAGGGAGGCCAACAGUUUGCUCGACAACUUGAUCUUGACUUCAGAAGAGCACCGUAUCUCGCCCUUGAGAGCAAGCCGGAAUGCCUGGUUGCAGAAUCAUGCGCCGCAGCAUGUGCCUGAGCAAGAAGAUGAGCAUCUAGCCCGUAACGUCGGAUCAGAGCUCCCGGGGGUCAGUCGUGACAGGGCUGGCAUGGUAUUUUGA